AUGAUUGCAGCACAUAAGGGUAAUAUUCCUAUAUUCCAGUUACUAAUUAAGAAAGGAGCCAACCUUUAUGAUAAAGAUAACGGGAGUAGAACAGUCAUGCAUUGGGCAGCAACCUCUGGAAAUUUGUCAUUCCUGGAGAUGUUGUACAAACGUUAUAUUCCUGACAUCAGCCAGUGGUCUUGUACUGAUGAAGAUGGAGCUACUCCAUUACAUUAUUCACUGAUUGGAAGUAACACACAAAUACUUCAGUUCCUAAUAUCAAAGGGAUGUAAUCCUAUUCCUCCUGAUACAGCUAAGACCCUAUCAGUAAUACACUGGUCUUGUGCAUUAGGACUCACUGAUCCUCUACACUGUAUAUUAACCUCUAGUAAUAAUACUAAUAGUAAUAUUGAUGAGCUGGUAGUGUGUCCAUCAUUCGUUGGUGAGCCACUUCAUGUAGCAGCUAGUGUUGGAUCAAUGGAGCUGUCCCAGUUACUAAUAGAAAGAGGAAAUGAUGUUGUUAAUAAUCAUGAUCCUUCCUCUGGCAUGACUCCAUUACAUUGUUCUAGUGCUCAUGGUCAUCUCAAUAUUCUUAGACUGUUACUAACUAAUAAUGCUGAGGCUAAUGGACUUAACCAUAGCAAUGGACAGUCUGGUUUACAUUAUGCUAGUGCUAGUGGUCAUGGUGAA